AUGCCGCAUAGCACGCUGAGCGCGUCCCGGCGGCAGCGCACCUCUGAAAGCGAGGCGCGGGCCCCCUUCAGCUCCUUCCGCAGCAACGACGGCGAUCCGUUUAAUGAAGACUCUACUCCCUACACGACCUACGGCGCCGGCGCCGGCAGCGUCGCGGCCAGCCCGUCCACGUCCCCCUGCGCCUCCGUCUCACCACCGGCGGGACUGUCACCAGAGACCAACGCCCUCUGCGCGCAGGCGCCGUCCGCCGCGGCGAGCUUCACCCGCAAAGUCACCGCGUGGCUGCCGCAGCGGAAGUCGUCCUCGCCGGCCGGCACGUUGAUUCCACUGGAGAGCAAGCGGUCCAAAGCGGAUGCCGCCGGUACGAAGGGGAAGGCUGCCCACGCGGUCCCACCACUUCAGCUGGUCGGCCGGAUCAACGCCGACAACGCCGCCGCCUCGCAACGUGGCACCUCCAUAACGCUCAGGUCGCCGACGUUCAUCGUGACGCCGCGUGGGGCUGUACCCGUCAGCCCGCGUGUGGGGAUGACGACAACAGCGACAACCCCAGUGGCCACCACCCCCACGCCCCGCAAUCCACCCACUACGCGUCCGCGCAGCCUCUCGUCUGCUCCGAUGGUGCCCGUGCGUCACCAAACCACGCCGCCACCGGUGCUCACGGCAGGAUCCAAAAGUAGUGGGAUCGCCGCAGCCGCAGCCGCAACAGGUGCCGCUUCUACUCUACCUCGCCAGGGUGCAUCAGCGACGCACGAGCCGUUCCUCGAUGCGCAGCCCGCAGUGCCACCAAAGAUGCGUCUCUCAGGCGAGGGAGGUUGCAUCAUUAGCAGUAGUAGUAAUCAUAAUAACGGUGCUGGUCAGCCCAGCGCUGGGAGCCCUGCGGAGGCCGCGGCGGCUUCCUCGUCCGCCAUCGGUAAGCCAACGCCCGUCGUCGGCAACCACGCGCGUGCCACCGCCCGUCGGUCGGUCAGUCGGAGCUGCUCCACGCUGUGUUUCGUGACGGAUACGUCGGCGAGCAGUGCCCUCGCGAGCCUGGAAGAGGAGGAGCUGAGGCCAAAUGCGGCGCGGCCGCCCUUCUUCAGCGCCGCCCCCGCACGCGGGGACUUCGUGGCGAUGAUUGAGUGGUUGCUGUGUCGUGGAGAGCAGCGUGACAUUGGGCUGCCCCCUGCAUCUGUGUCCAUCGUCAAUGGACGUAGCAGGAGCCCGCGCCUGACGCCGCCGCCGCCGACGUUCUUUACGGAGGACAACAUCACGAAGCUGUGCACGGCCGCCACGCAGGUGCUGUCCGCCGAGCCGGGCCUGCUGGAGCUCGACGUGCCCGCCGACGACACCCUCAUCGUCGUUGGCGACAUCCACGGCCAGUUCCAGGAUCUCUACACGAGUGUGCUGUGCCAGCAGUACGACCGCCGUCGGUGCAACCCCGGCGGCCUGGACCGCCACUUCCUCUUCAUGGGCGACUACGUGGAUCGCGGCCCGCACAGUUUGGAGGUGGUGCUUCUGUUGUUGGCGCUGAAGGUGGAGUACCCCUCGCUGGUAUACUUGACCCGCGGCAACCACGAGGAGGAGAAGACGUCGCGCGUGUACGGGUUCCUGACGGAGGCGACGUCCUCGUUGGGCGCCGUGGCCGGGGGUGCGGUGUGGAGCGCGGUGAACAAAGUCUUCCUCGAUCUGCCUCUGGCGGCCAUCGUGCAGACACCGCACAUGCGCUUCUUCGUGACGCACGGCGGCCUCUACACUCCCCAAAAAGAGAAUUAUCAAGCGUAA